CGCUAAUUUAGCUCGUCGCAAUGGCAACUAAUCGCAUCGGUAGACCUCAGAAGCAGGCUAAAGAUGAGGACGAGGAGAAAGCUUUUCAGCGAAAUGAGUUUGCAACUAAGAAUCCUGCAGCAGAUCCUCGCAGAAUGAGACGGAUCAUUGCAGAAGAUCCUGAAUGGAGUCUUGCUACUGUACCAGAUUUACUUGAUAUUUGUAUCAUGCAUAUCGUUGGGAACUUUCAAGACAAUCCAUUGCUGGAUGAACUGAAACCGAAACACAAAAAGAAAGUUCUUGAAAUGCUUUCUACAAAAUUGCCAUUAAAAGUGACGGCGCCACUGAUUGAAGACGAGGGCUUUUGGCAGCGGAGCUGUAAAUCACGAUGGGAAGUUUGUGAUGUCAGCAAUCAUGGAAACUCAUGGAAGAGAAUGUUCUUUGAGCGAAAUCUUCAGGGACUUAUUGAGAACUUUGUUCCAGAGGCGACGGAUCCCAAAGAGUUGAAUGAGACACUUAUGGUGUCAUCGAAAUUUAUCAAGUGUUUAAGAAUUCAACAAUUAUUGUUACCCAUUAAUGAUGGGACUAGCAAUGAAGAUGAUGCUUCUGAUACAACUAGCGAAGUUGGAGGUGGUGGACCAAGCUGCAAUCACAUAGACUUUGGUAUUGUGUUCAGAGUGUUGCCUAAGUUAGAGGAGAUUCACAUUACUUAUGGUGUCAAAAACUGUGGAAUGAACUUUGAUUGGUCACUCUUCAAAUUUACUGAACAAGACUGCUCACUUUUGGCAAAGGCUGUGAAGUCUUGUCGGAGUCUAACAGUGUUUCACUUGCAUCGUAGUAACGUGACUGAUGAGAAAUCACGUACUCUUAUCAGUCACUUUCUAGAGCAUCCCUGUCUUGAAACACUCGAUUUGUCACAUAAUAAGAUAGGUGACGGUGGAGCUCGUGCUUUGGGCAAGUUACUAGUCAGCAAGUGUCGUCUCAAAAGUUUGAAUGUUGCCAAUAAUCAAAUUGGUAGCCAUGGAGGAGGAGCUAUAGGACAUGCAUUACAGAAGAACUCUAAACUUUUGUCACUUAACCUUAGGCUCAAUCGGCUUAGUGAUGAAGGCGGUUUUGGAAUCCUCAAAGCACUACUAAAGAAUGCAACUUUGACGACACUCCAUCUAGGCAGCAAUGAAUUGGGAGAGUUGAGUGCACAGGCAAUGAAUGAGGUUGCUCUUCAGAAUUCAACACUUACAUCUAUUGAUUUGACCAGCAACCCAUUUGGAGAUACUGGAGGUCGACUAUUGCACGAAGGUUUGGAAGAGAACACAACAAUUGUCAAUAUGGAUUUGAGACAAACGAACGUGGGGGAGGAGAAUGAGUACUGCAUUUCACAGAUACUAAAACGUAACCAAAACAAAGCUGCUGGCUGGUAACCUGACAAUGAGGCAUCAAACAGAUCAAUUGCUGUGUGCAUAGCUAAAAGUGAACAGCGUGUGACUGGCUGUAUUUCACAAAACGUUGAGCUUUAAUAGUAGCAGUGCAGCAUUCAUGUUUACUGGUAUUAUGGAGUAACGUCACUGGUUUUGUCUAAGCGAAGCAUGGUUAUUAUUUGCAUUUUGUCUUUUAGCUAUAUUCUAGAUAGAUCAAGUCUGAUAUAGGUAUAGAAAGGUUUUUAUGCGAGCAGGUAUUUCUAGUUAUAGUUUAAUUAGUUAAUUAUGUAAUUAUACCAAUUAAUUAAUUGAGUA